GUACUACAAAUAUAUAAACACGAUCUGAUUGGGGAUCCACUUACCAGUCGGGAGUUGCAAUUUUUAGGAAUGGGUCAACGGAGCUUACGAGUCUUUGUCACGUUUACAAGGUUGGGAGAGUCUCAAGGCUUUUGGCUACAGUCUCCACCACCCAAAAUAAAUUACACAUUCCCACUAUUACUAUUUUUAGGAUCAUAAUUUUCCAAGAAAACGAAGUCCCGAAAGAAGAAAAGGGAAACGGGAUAGCUCAAAGGAUUAAGGGGAAGGAAGAAAGAGUUUGGGAAUCGACCAUGCCAAGCAAGUUAAAGAAGGCGAUUGGGGCAGUGAAAGACCAAACCAGCAUCAGCCUGGCCAAGGUUGUUAACACCAAUUCCUCCAAUCUUGAAGUGGCUGUCCUUAAAGCUACGACCCGUGACCAAGAGCCCACUGACGAACGUUACGUUAAUGAAAUCCUUCAGACUAUCUCAUCCAACAAGAUUAACGCCGCAAUCUGUGCCCAUGUCAUUGCCAAGAGAAUUGGCAAAACGAAGAAUUGGGUUGUUGCCCUCAAAUCUUUGGUGCUUGUUCUUCGAAUUUUUCAAGAUGGUGACCCUUUUUUCCCUAAAGAAGUCCUUCAAGCAAGGAAACGUGGAGCCAAGAUCCUAAACCUUUCCACUUUCAGGGAUGUCUCCAAUUCCAGCCCUUAUGAUUACACGGCUUUUGUAAGGUCGUUUGCUUUUUAUCUUGAGGAGCGUUUAGAUUGCUUUAUCACAGGGAAGCUUCAGAGAAGAUUUACGUACAAAGAAAGGCAGAAUAGCCAUCCAAGAAGCCGUCGAGUUAACCAACAGCCUGUUGGAGAAAUGAAGCCGCCAAUGCUGCUUGACAGGAUUUCUUAUUGGCAACGAUUGCUUGAUAGAGCCAUUGCCACCAAACCAACGGGUGCAGCCCAGACAAACCGCCUGGUUCAGGUUUCUCUUUAUGCUGUCGUUCGAGAAAGCUUUGAUCUUUACAGGGACAUAUCUGAUGGACUGGGUCUUCUUUUAGAUAGCUUCUUUCAUUUGCAACAUCAAUCCUGCGUCAAUGCCUUUCAGUAUUGUGUCCAAGCCACAAGACAAUUCGAAGAGCUUUGUUCUUUUUAUGAUUCUUGUAAGAGCCUUGGAAUUGGGCGAACCUCGGAAUAUCCAAGUGUGCAGAUGAUAUCAGAUGAGCUUAUGGAAACAUUACAAGAAUUCUUGAAAGACCAAGCUUCGUUUCCAUCACCUGGGAAAUCCCCAUCUUCUAAUUCUCCUCGUUUGCUUUUCCUCCCGGCACCACCAGCCAAGGAUCCUUCUGGAAUUACAGAGAGAGAAUCUCAAGCUGGUUCAAGAUGCACGUCCUUGGAAGAUUUGAUGAGUCAGACAGAAUCUGCUGGAACAAUAAGCCCCUCUUUCUCGGUCGACCGUCUUUCGGAGGUUUCAGAGAAACAGUGUCAUGAACAAGAAGAUAUGUAUAAUGUCACUGAAACAGGUUCAAACCAUUCCUUACCAAUUGAUCAAGGAACCAAUGUGACUAUAGAUUUUGUAUCCUUUGAUGACUGGCCAAAGGUAGAUCAAAAACAAGGGCAACUUAAUUCAACAAUAUUGGAUUCAAUCAAUGGUGAAAAGGGUUGUUGGGAGCUUGGUUUAGUAGAGGCACCAGCACAACCUGUACAUGCUUCUCAAAACGUAUCAAAUGAUAACUCUUUCUUUGACAACUGGCUUCAACAAGAUCAUAACCAAGAACAAGCUUCUCAAAAUGUAGUCAACGGUCAUUCAUAUAUCAAUGACUGGCUACAAGAAAAUCAAAAGCUUGAGCAAGCUUCUCACAAUGUAGCCAAUGGCCAUUCGUAUCUUGAUGACUGGUUGCAGGAAGAUAAAAAGCUAGAACAAGCUUCUCAAAUUGUAGCCAAUGGCCACUCCUGCUUUGGUGACUGGCUUGGGGAAGAAAGGAAAGAACCAGAAAAACCACAGCAAAAUUCAGCAUUUAAUUUGAGCAAUGGUGGUCAGGAAGAUUGGGAGCUUGCUGUUGUAGAGGCAUCAACACAACCUGCACAAGCUUCUCAACAUUUAGCCAACGGGAUUGAGCUCUCCAUUGCAAAUGAUCUAUUUGAUCAAAGACCAAUAUCUCAACGCCAAUACAAUCCAUUUCUUGAGGAUGGAGCAGAAAUAUCGGCAGCCAUUGCCACCAAUACCAACGAAAAUGCAGCUUUUCCUGAUAACUUCUCAGUGGCACCAACAUUUCAGGCAACACCAACUUUCUUAGCUCAGAGUCCUAACGAAAUUGCCGCACCAACAUUUCAGGCCACGCCGACAUCUAUUUCCCAGAAUCCUGACAGGACAACAGCAGCGUUUCAGGAUGAGCAUGAUGACCCUUUCGCUCCAUGGCCUACUAUGAAAGCUAACAACAAUAUUUCUUCUGAUGAGUGUGUAGAUCAGAAAAAUGUGUUAAUUCAACAAGAGUUGUGGUUGCAGAACCAAAACAAGAUUAUAGCAAGGCAUAUUGUUUGAUAUAUUCUUGAAUGAAAACUUAUAUUCAAUUUGUAAA